UUCGACGCUCAUAGCUGAAAUCAGAUAGCCACAAAUGUAAAAACCAAAAGCUGCCCAUGUGAUAAACGAAAAACCUUUCCAAUUGUUCCUUAAACCCUAACCUCCGAUUCUGAGCACUCUUCAUCACUGUUCUUCAGGCACGCCUAAAAACCUCAAUUGUAAAUGGCACGCCUAAACCUAAACCUAGUCCGACCCCUAUUGAGAAAACCUAUGUAUACUUGUUCUUCUUCUUCCAGAACCCUACCCUUCCUAAUUGGUGACCAUCAACUUCAACAACCCAUUUUCAAUAUCACUCUAAAAAAACACUCUCUGUUUCAGUUUAAAAGAAGUUACAUCUCCGAUAUGCGCAAAUCCGCCUUCGAAGGAAACAUCCUCAGACUCCUCCGCAACGAGAUCCAAUACGAGCUCCAACGCUCCACUCCCACCGAGCCUGUUGCGAACUUUGACAUAUUCACAAUUGAUGAUCGGCCUGGAGAGCAAUGGAUUAGAUUGAAAGGAAAAUUUAAAGACGAAGGCAUUAAAGUUGAGGUCACCAUGUUCGAUGGAGCCAUUCCUGCUUCAAAAUCGGGUGGUGGUGCUAGCAUUGGGGAUGAAGUCCAACUUCACAUUACCCUAAUUGUCAAUAUCACUAAAGGGGAAGAUGGUGAAGUCUUGGAAUUCAUGUGCUCUGCUUGGCCGGAUAGUAUAGAGAUUAACAGGCUUUUCAUACGCCGUGGUGAUAAGAUGUCAGCACAGCCUUACGCAGGGCCUGAAUUCAAGGAAUUGGAUGAUGAGUUGCAAGACUCUCUUUACGAAUUCUUGGAAGCAAGGGGUAUAAAUGAUGAACUUGCUGCAUUCUUGCAUGAGUACAUGAAGAACAAAGAUAAAACUGAGUUUAUUAGAUGGAUGGGAACUGUGAAAACUUUCAUUGAAAAGCAAGUGGAGUGAUUGGUUUUUCAUUUUGGAUGAGAUUAGUUGUUUGAUCAUUUUUGCAUUUCCCAAUGGAAAUUUAACGUAGUAUGUCAUUUGUUGAGUGACAUUUGACUUAUACAUUAAGCUUUGUGACUAUGCCUUUCUUGUUGAUGGUGAUCAUCGAUGAGAAGGUGGUGACUGCUUACCAUAAUAAAAGGUUUUAGUGCAAUAUAUCUAAGAAAUCCUUUUCAUUUAAAACAUUGUUAUUAUUAAGUCAUGUUUUGGAAUUUUCCAAAAGAUUUUGGGGCAAUUAAUGUGGCUAUUGAUAUGGCAACAUAUGUGUUGAGAAGGGAAGGCUGGCAAGGGCUGGGAGCGAGAAUCCAUGGAUGAAGAAGCUAGGCUAUAUGAGACUCGAGGAAUGGACAGAAGGUGCUACAAUAUUUGCUAAUGAGCGAGAGUUUUAUAUCUUUGGAGAAUUCUUGUGAAGUUAACUUGCAGUGCUUUCUGGUUUGGUAGUCUUUUCCCGCCCUCUCCAACUCCCUAGGUAGCUUAGAGGAAUUAGGCUAUACUAAAGAGACAGGGAUUCUCAAGUUUUGGCAAAUGCAUGUAUAAAGCUCUAGCUUUCUUGAGAACUUUCUGUUUCUUGCAUGGUUGUGAAAAUGAGCAGAGACAUAAUUUAGGUUAUUCAUAGAUUUCCCAUGUUUGUAAUUCUAGAUGUAUGUGUGGAUGUGUGUUUGUUUGUACUUUUUUAUUAGAGAAACAGAUGAUCUAGUAUUGACUAAGGCCCUAGCUGAGGUUGGGUUUUCCGAUUAUGCAACUGAACUAAAAUCAAGAUCUUUCAGACGCUCA